CACCGUCACGACACUGUUCUCCAAAAGUUCUGAAUUCACGAUCACGUCGGCUAUGGAUGAUGGUAUUUGGUCUUGUAAGGGCUGGCCAUAUUAUUCACCAUCUUCCUCGAAGAUAUCCGCUUUCGCGCCGCCAUUUUCUGCCGACGGUGUUUCAGUCUCGUCUGCGGACUCAGCCGAAUUUGAAGAGGCUAGCGACUCGAAUUACUCCCCAUAUGGCAAUGAUUCCUUUUCGAAGCUGCUCAGAAAACUGGAUUCAGCGCCUUUCAACAAGCCUUCUAGUAAUGGAUACUCUGGCUUUCAAUUUAUGGACCCUCCGAGCUCUCAAUUGCCUCGUCUUAGCUCUACAGUAUUCUUGUCACGAUUUCCUCCAUUAGAUGGGCCGUCUCUCAAUCACUACAUUACCAAGUCACGCGAGAUAAAGCAUCCGUGUCAGAGUCCUAGCUCGUGCAAUCAGUUUUUUGAUUUCAACAAAGGAUCUGUUAAACGCUCGGAUGAUGGUGGUGCUCUUCGCUGUGGCAGUUUUUCUAAAAGAAAGGAGGCUUCUCCCAUGCCCAUUACUGAAGGCCCAGUUUUCUCUAAUUCAGGCCGGUUCCUGCAUUUAGAUCUUGAACCUAAAUCAUCAAAUAAUGCAAUGCUUUCCAAUUGUAAUAUUCCAAUGUUCAAAGCAAGAUUCCGAAUUCCGAAUCCUCCAGCAGCCAAUUUUUCUCGGGCUUUACAUCCAGAGCUUAUGGACAAAAUUGAUGAGUGUCUUGCUUCUGCUCUUGAGGGGCCUAAAGAUUUCAACGUUGAAAUAGCAAACAAUGUGAACGUGUCUUGUGAAAUUUCAAACAAAAAUCAAGUGGAAAAUGAAGUUGGCAGCCGGGAAAAAGGUUUGGGAGGUCAUGUUACGAAGUUUUCAUUAUCAAACUUUGCGUCUCAAGAAUUCAAUUCAGAUGUAGGGAAUGAUGGACCUUCUUAUGCUGGGAAUCAAUUUAUAGAAGAAAAGAAAUUCAUGUCUCAAAACCUGAAUUCGUUAUGUCGCUGCACGGAUGUUGGUUUUGAUAUGAGUGAAUGUUUGAAAUGCAGUUCAUCUCGGGAGGCAGAAAAUGGCACGCCUUCACCUUCUUUUAUAGUUGGUGAACCUGAGAAAACAUCAGCUCCGGCUCCAAAAAUAGACAUCCAAAUGCUGGUUAAAAUGAUGCAUAACAUGUCGGAGUUGCUUCUUGGUCAUUGUUUGACUGGUGAAUUUCAACUGAAUGGACGAGAUCGCAGUAUACUUGACAUUGUGAUUAGUAAUCUUCGGACUUGCGCUCUAAAGAAUCCUGAACAAAGACGUCUUUUUCCUGAGUUGGACUCUGGUAAUCCUGCUGGAGAAUCAUCUCAGCUUCAACAGAAUGCACCUGUCGAAGAGCCCUGCAUAAGCAAGGUAGGACCAGAGCCCGCUAAUGCUGAGCAAGGAAAAGAACGUGGGUCGAUUUCAGAUUCCUCUCUCAUCAGUGGUGAUAGCACAGAAAUGAAGAGAGCAGAUAAUAACAUGACCAAGGCUAUGAAGACGAUUCUUAGCGAGAAUUUCCAUGACGAAGAUGAACCAGUAUCGCGUUCUCUACUGUACAAAAAUUUAUGGCUUGAGGCUGAAGCUGAAUUAUGUUCCAUCAUUUAUAGAGCUCGCUUUAAUCGAAUGAUUGCAGUGGAGAAAUAUUCAUCUAAGCAUGGAGUCAAGGGAGAGGAGUCAAUAACAGAAGCUGAUUAUAAGUUAAGCCCAGAUCAGAAUUCUGCAAACGAUGUAAACAGUUAUGAUUCUGCCGAGCUUAUAUCUGCCUUGGAUGUUACCAAUUCAACGGAACCAGCAGACUUAAAGUUGACUCCUGGUCCAAACGAGCCCAUUGCAUCACAACAUGAAGUGGACGGUAGUCAAAACGUGGAUAGCUUCAUUCAGGAUUCUACUGCUUUUGGCACAAACAAGGCUAACCGGCCUUUCAUGAAUACUGCCGAUCAGGAGGACCUAUCAAAUUCUGUGGAUUAUCGUGCUCGUGAAGUGGCACCCAUAUUGGCAUUUGAUGGGACAGGGAGUCCAAAGACUCAAAACCAUGAUGGAGCCGGUUUUGCAGGGAAUGGAACCGGUUUUGCAUCGGAGAGUCCAAGUUUGAAGGACGGUGCAAAUCCAGAGACACUUAACGGCCCCGACGCUGAUGUCAAUCAGUCAAUUCUGGAGGAGUUUGAUUUGGAUUUGGAGGAUAAUCAAGAAAUCCAUCCCAGUUGCUAUCACAGGUCUGCCAAUGAGCUUGUUACAGAAUAUUCUCAUGACUCGUCAUCAGAUUGGGAACUUGUUUCGAACGAGGAAUGAAUGACUAGAUAAAUACUCGUGGGUCUAGAUAUUUAACUAUCGUCUAGUGGUCAUACAUAUGACCGAAUUUGCGCUUCUGGUGAAUGUGUUUCUUUGGACAUAAAUAUUAUUUGGAUUUCUUUC